UUAAGUGGUACAUUCAUAAGUAUUGAAAACGAAGAUGACGAAGAGGUAGGAAGUUUUUCUGCUUAUUAAUAAUAAAUAACAACAUACAAAAAAAAAAUACAACUUGAAAUUUAAAUUAUUUUCAAAUUUUUCUUUUAAAUAUAUCAUAGCGUAUUCGAUAAUUUGUUCUACUAAUAAUUUGUACUAACAUAUGAUUUUAAUUUUCUAUUAACUACUUUGUACUAACAUGAUUUUAAUUUUCUACUUAAAAUUGUAUACAAAAUAGCUCGAUUGUUUACUAUUAAUAGUAUCUACGGUCAUAAUAAGAAAAUAUCAAAUUUCCAUCAAUUAAUGAUUACAUUGUCAAUUUCACAAGAAAAUGAGAAGUUAAAAGGACUAAUGGUUUAUCCCUAGAUUCAUUGCACGCAUGUACAUAAUUAAAAAGUGACACUCGCGAAAAAAUCGAAAAAUGGGCAGUAUACUGACAACCCUGGCUACCAUUGGCAUCAGCAUUAUUUUUUAUCCUUUCUUAUUUCUUUGCUACGUUUACAUUCUCUUCAUUAUGAUUGUCUUUAACAUUGUACAUUCGUUCUAUAUUUUUCUCAUACUGUUACUUAACAGUCUCUCAGAUAGUAGAAUUACUGAUUAAGACUAUUACGUGAGUUACUUAUAAUUUACAAAUAGAAAUAUGACUUUCAAUUAUUCAUGUAUACGUGUAUUGGACAAGAUUUGCAUUAUUGCCUUGCUUUCAGGAUUUUGAAGAUGCCGAAUCUAAUAUCGAAACUGAAGAUACAAUGCAAUCGCAAAGCACGUGAAAACUGAUACGAUUACUUCCGGUUAUAUGAAAAGAAUUAUAAAAAUUAUACGAUUUUAUUCGUACAUACUCGUUAUUCGUUAAAAUAAGAAAUAAAAUAUUCUUCGCAAAAUAAAGAGCUUAUUUUGAAUAUGAAUAAAAAUAUUUUUGUUAAUGUUCAACUCUCGUACCAAUUAACAAUUGAUCACACAUGUAUAUCAAAAAAUAUAUAUUGAGAUAUGUUGAAAGACUACAUAUGUACGACUUACUUGUGUACUAAUUUUCAUAUCUGUUUCAAAAAAUAUAUAAAAUAUAAAUAAAAUAAUAUAUAACUUUUAUAUAUUAUAUAUUUUGCUUUACAGGAUAAUAAACUGCUAAUAAUAAAGAUAUCUACAGAUAUCGGUAGUAUAUUGCUCUCAUAAUUUUAAUCUGGAAAUAAUUAAUUAAUUAAUUAAUUUAAACAAAAUGAAGUUAAUUUAAAUUCGCAAUUAAUGUUCGUAUAUGUUUGCAUGUAUGUAUACAGAUUUUUAGAGGCAGGCGCAAAAGUUAGUUCGAAGGAUGCCGGUAUGAAAAUCGUGUGGCGUUACAGAACAAAAACAUGGUAGAGACGUGCUUGAGUUUAUCGUGUGCAUUUCAAUUCAAUCACAGCUAAGAGUGUUAAUCAUUCUAAUUAUGUGAAAGUAAAUUAGUCAGAUAUACAAUAUUUUUGACUUUAAGGUUUAGUAAAACAGGCUCUUCCUCGGCAAGAAGCCUCUUUGCUGCAAUGGUAACAGUAACGAAGUUGAUGCUUAUCGCAGUUAUUUACGGUAAAUUUAUUCAUCUCAAUUGACUAUUUGUAAAAGACAUCUUGAUAAAUACAGUUUGAUAAAUGUGAAACUAAUAUUAAGUAAAUUGUUUCAUAACCUUCAAAUGCUGCCGAUCGAUAACUUGCUGAAGUAGUUUAGCACUAAAACGCUUUAAUUUGAUUUUUGUUCAUUGAUUUAAUUUAUUUAACUUUAAAAUAACGGCUAUUUUAAUCGAUGUUUUAUUUCAAGUAACAAACUGCAUGUGUAUUCGACUCAAUUCAUAAAAAUUGAUUACAUUGAAAUUUUGGUAUAUAAUAUUUUUUUAAAGAUUCGAAAAUUUAUCUUCUUUUCAUUUGCGUUUAAAUAAUUACAUUUAAUUUAUAUACAUAUGUUGCUUAAGUUAAAUUUACUUGUUUUACGUCACUAUUUUUAAGUAUAAUUAGUAUUAUUGAAACAUAAUUCAGCUUUUUCAGGUGUUUUUACUCCUGUAAUAGCAUCACGUGUACUUGAAUUAAGUGACAGGUACAUAAUGAUUUUUUAUAUUUUAUAAUCAUAAAUAUAUGAUAUUUAUAUGCAUAAAAUUUUAUAUAUUAUUAUCUAAUUUCCUUUAUAGAUUUUUGGAUAUUCAUAAAGAUGGACAGUGGCUUGUUAUGGUAUAAAUAUGAAAUACAUGAUAUAUUUAUAUUUCUAUAUGAAAUUAUUGCUUAUAAACAUUGUUUCUUUUAAAGAUGUAUGCACCAUGGUGCGCACAUUGCAAAAGAUUAGAACCAAUUUGGGCUCAUGUAGCACAACAUUUACAUGCGACAUCGAUAAGAGUUGGAAGAGUUGAUUGUACUAGAUUUACAAGUGUUGCUCAUGCUUUUAAAGUUAAAGGAUUCCCAACUAUUGUAUUUUUAAAAGGUGAGCAAGAAUUUAUAUACCAUGGGGAUAGAACAAGAGAUGAAAUAAUAAAAUUUGCAUUAAGAGUGAGUGGUCCGCCUGUUCAAGAAAUAACAAAAACUCAAAGUUUUGACACGAUUAAAAAGGAACGUGAUCUGUACUUUUUAUAUGUUGGAGAACGAUCUGGACCAUUAUGGGAAUUUUAUCAAAAGACUGCAGAUGUGUUCCAGCCACAUGCAUUUUUCUAUCAAUCUCAUCCAACUGUUGUUAGUAAACAUGCUCCUGUGGAAAAUAUUCCAGCAUUAUUUGUGUAUAAGGAAAAUUUACAUUAUAAUUUUAGUGGACAUGAAGUAGAUAAUAUAGAAAAAUUAAAUGAGACAAUGUAUAAAUGGAUAAAUGCAGAACGUUUUCCUACAUUCCCAAAAGUAACAAGAGGAAAUAUAAAUCAACUUUUUUUAACAAAUAAAAAUUUGGUAUUGGCAGUAGUAGAAGAAAAUCAACUAGAAGAAAUACCACCACACAUGACGCGAUUCAAAGAUAUGGUUGAAUCUAUAAUUAAAAGCAAACGAGAAAAAUAUCACGAUCAUUUUCAGUUUGGUUGGAUAGCUAGUCCAGAUCUAGUCAAUAGUAUAGCAAUGAUGGUUUUGCCAUUACCAAGUUUAAUUGUUAUUAAUACUACAACAAAUCAUCAUCAUAUUCCAGAAGAUGAAACAGAAAAACUGACUCCUCAUGUGAUAGAGUUGUUCCUAGAGCAAAUUCGAAAUGAAAGUGCUCCGCGAUAUGGUGGAAACAAUUGGUUGAUACGUAUAUAUAGAUCGUGGUUUGAAUUAAAAACAACCCUUUCCGCAAUGUGGAUGGGUAAUCCCAUUUUAACAAUGGUUUUGUUUGGUUUACCAGCAGGAUUCUUGUCAUUAAUAUGUUAUGGUAUUUGUUGUCCAGAUAUUUUAGAUGCAGAUGACGAUGAAGAAGACCAUCCAGGAGCAAAUCAUAUGAAAAAAGAUUGAAAUUGGAUUAUUAUAUUGUUUAUAUUAAACAGUUUUGUAAAAUUGUAAAUCUGUGAUUCUUAAUUUCAUUUAGUCAGUAAAGUGAAAGAAAUUUUAUGAAUUAUGAGUAGGAUGAUAAAGAUAAAUUACCUUAGCUAAAUGGAACUUUCAUAAGACAAUACAAAUCAUGUAAGUAAACGAGCUUUUUUAAAUCACAUAAAAGAAUUUGUCUCAUAUUACAUAAUAUAAUUGAAGUAUGAAAAUGUACUAAGUUUUAUGUGAAGAAUGUAUGUGGUAAAUAAUGUUCUGUAUACUUAUAUUUGAAGUUACAAAUGUAUGUUAAUUUGUAUAAAUAUAGUGAAAAGUACCUCAUAUCAAUGUUUAUGUAAAGUUUGAAUAUUUAACUUAAAACAUGAUAACUGUUUUAGUGUAUAUAUUUAUCUACAUUUAAUAAAAAAAAGUAAUACUACUUAAAUAUUUUUUUUAGAUAAACAUAAAUUAAGUUAAUUAAAUAAAAGAAUAUUGACGGCAAGGGACAUUGUAAAAAUUUGAAAAUAAAAUAUGAAUUAAAAUAAA